ACAAAAACAAAAGAUAAUAGAGCAGCCUCGGAGACUCUAGGAAAUUGAAUUCAUUCUGAAACGCCCCGUUUACAAUUUCAAGAGCGAAAGAAUUCUGAUUGAACGGGGUGUUUUUGAUCUCAGAACAAUUCAAAUUUCAUCAUCAUAAUUAUAAAAACGAGGUUAGGUUAGAUCUUCGAUUUGGAUCGUUGAUCUUUGGGAACAAUCAUCCAUUUUAGGGAUUGAGGCAUGGACAGCAUAAUGAGCAAGCUCCGCAAUCUGGAUGCGUACCCUAAAAUCAACGAGGACUUCUACAGCCGCACGCUCUCCGGUGGCGUAAUCACCCUCGCUUCCUCCAUUCUCAUGCUCUUGCUCUUCAUCUCCGAGCUUCGAUUGUAUCUCCAUGCCGCAACGGAGACCAAGCUUGUUGUAGAUACUUCUAGAGGAGAAACGUUGCGUAUCAAUUUUGAUGUUACAUUUCCUGCACUAGCAUGUUCCAUACUCAGUCUUGAUGCCAUGGACAUCAGCGGAGAGCAGCACCUAGAUGUAAAACAUGAUAUAAUCAAGAAAAGAUUAGACUCUCAUGGCAAUGUGAUAGAAACAAGGCAAGACGGAAUUGGUGCUCCCAAGAUUGAAAAGCCCUUGCAAAGACAUGGAGGCAGGCUUGAGCACAAUGAGACUUAUUGUGGUUCGUGUUAUGGUGCUGAAGGGUCAGAUGAGGACUGUUGUAAUAACUGCGAGGAAGUUCGUGAAGCAUAUCAAAAGAAAGGUUGGGGACUUUCAAACCCAGAUUUAAUUGAUCAGUGCAAAAGAGAAGGAUUCUUACAAAGAAUCAAGGAUGAGGAAGGUGAAGGAUGCAAUGUAUAUGGUUUCUUGGAAGUAAAUAAGGUGGCGGGGAAUUUCCAUUUUGCUCCUGGGAAAAGCUUUCAGCAAUCUGGUGUACAUGUACAUGACCUGCUGGCUUUUCAAAAGGAAUCUUUUAAUUUAAGUCACCACAUCAACAGAUUAACUUUCGGUGAGUAUUUCCCUGGUGUUGUGAAUCCUCUUGACCGUGUGCAUUGGACACAAGAAACACCAAGUGGGAUGUAUCAGUAUUUUAUUAAGGUUGUGCCUACUGUGUACACUGAUGUGAGUGGACAUACCAUCCAGUCAAACCAGUUCUCCGUGACAGAACACUUCAGGACUGCAGAUGUAGGCCGUCUUCAGUCCCUCCCUGGAGUUUUCUUCUUCUAUGACCUUUCUCCAAUUAAGGUUACUUUUACUGAAGAACAUAUCUCAUUCUUACAUUUUCUUACUAAUGUGUGUGCCAUUGUUGGAGGUGUUUUCACUGUUUCUGGAAUACUAGAUUCAUUUAUCUAUCAUGGUCAAAGGGCUAUCAAGAAGAAGAUGGAACUUGGGAAAUUUAGCUGAUACUUGUUCUGUUGGCGCAUGCCUUAGCGUUAUUGGAGUACUUUCCAGUGAAUGGCUCUCCAGAGAUAAUAUAUUCAAGAGAAGAUCAACUAUUGAAAGAAAUUCCCCUUGGGUUUCCCUGAGUUCUGUCAAUUUCAACGAAAGGAUUUUUCCCUUAGAUCUUGUCAUCAAUGAAGGUUGAAAUGCUAGAUCCAAUAUCAUGUGCAACAAAUGCCACUUUGCCAUGAUUCAUAUCUUUUCUUAAACAGCUCUGAUGAUGUGAAUGUUAACAUACUUUCUGGAAAGUAGACGGGAUUUCAUUUAUAGCCCCGGACACGCAGAACUCCCUUCCAGAAGCAUCAACAACUAUAAUAUAAAAUAACUCUCCAGCUUUAUGUUA